AUGUCCCGCCAUCCUGACGUGGACCCCCUCCGCCGGGGCCAUUACCCUCCACCCCCAGAGGCAGACCUCAGUCGUCAGGGACAAUAUCCUCCUCCACCUCCAGACGAUCGCUCUCGCGCCUACCCUUACGAUCAGCAGCACCACUAUCCGUAUCCUCAGCAGCCAUACCCGGCUCCCCCAGAGCACGACCGAGGAUACUAUCCUCCUCCUCCUCCCGGGCAGUAUCCAGCGCCACCACCGCCUCAACAGCAACACAUGGCUGCUAUCCAUCCUCAUGCGCCGCCGGACUACCGGUUGCCGCCGCCGCCGGGAGCCUACAGGCCGGAUCCGUACCAGCAGCCUCCUCCCCAACAGCAGCCGAUGCCGUAUCAUGCUGCUGCCCCGCGUCAACGAACAGCCAUUGCCUGCCGGUACUGCCGCCGCCGAAAGGUAAGUCUUUCCACCAGUGGUUUCUUCUCCAGACCUAUAAGGUCACCAAUGAUCUUCGCGAGGGUCUCGGAGAUCAUCGCACAUGGCAUGGCAUUUCUGACAAUGGUCCUUGGAUCACAGAUUCGCUGCUCUGGGUUUGAGAAUUCCCCCGAUGGCAGGUGCACGAACUGUCAGCGGUUCAACCAGGACUGCAUGUUCACGCCCGUGUCGUCCCAAGCGCAGGCCUUCGUCCCGGCGCACGCUGCGUACCCUCACAUGCGUCCCGGCAGCAACGUGAACGGCCAGCCUCCCCCUGGUACCAUCCUCUAUGGCGCACAUGGCCAGCCAUUGCCUCCCAACACAGCUGUUCAAGCCCCCGAAACGACACUGCCACCACCACAAGGGAUGUACGCUGCGCAUUAUGGCCGGCCAGCGGAGGGUGCCCAGGUGCCCCUUGCGCAGCCCAUGGCCGAUCCGAGACAACGACGUGGAUCUGGGACUGGAUUUGAUUACCCCGAGCCAGCCAAUCUGGCUCCGGUGACUCCCGCCAGCUCUACCCCCGGCUACCAGACACACACGGCUCCUAGCCCCUACUACGCUCUUCCCCACGACCCGCGCACAUCCCCUCAGGCCACCUACGCCUAUGAGCAGCCUCGUCACUCAACAUCGCCUCAUUCGCCUUACGCGCCGAUUACCGCUCCUCCACCGGGACAGACCCCGCCUCCGACCUCGACUCCCGGGGGCUCGCAGCGAGGCGGACUCAACGUGCGCGACAUUUUAAAUCACGGAGCGGACGAUUCGCAAGGUCGCUCCAGCACGGACAGCGACAUGUUGAACCAGCUGAACCGCCGCGGCCCUCGGUAG